AGAGAGAGAGAGAGAGAGAGAGAGAGAAUCCCGUGAAGCUAGUCACAGUGUGCGUCGCAGCAGAGCGUGUAGUAGCCUACUCUCGAUAACUAACAGACUUUCUAGCCAUGCACUGCCGUCCACUUCAGUCUGAAUUUGUAUCUUCAUGUGGAUGAGAUGUUGCCAAAUGUGAUUAUUUUGAUGAGCAUCCUGGGUCUUCAGUUACAGCACUGUGCGGCUGAUCUGUGCAACUGGACUGGAAGCGGUUUUGCAGCUGGUGUGGACUCCAGGAUUGUCCUCCAGGUGCAGUUGCGCUGUACAGAGGGCUCGGUGAGGUGGAUAUACCCUGGCCAGGCUCUCCGGGUGGUCCUGGAGCCCAAUCUGUCCUCCUCCCAGAGCACCACUGUCUGCAUCAAACCGUCUCCCUCUUUCCAUGGAGCCAGCGUGUUCAUUGAACGAGCCGGGGAGCUGGAGCUGCUGGUGACAGAGGACGGGCGGCCCGAGCAGCAGGUGUUCUGUUUCCGGGCAGAUGGUCCGCACAGGCCCGCAAUCUACCUCCAGUCCAGACCGCAGAGUGAUGGACCCUGGAGCAGACGCACGAUGGGCUUCAGAUAUGAGCUGCUGGGCAACAGGACUGCUGCACCCAACGUGGGCCACAGCGGGCUUCAGGCUUCAUGCCGACCCUGCAAUGACACAGAACUCCUCAUGGCUAUCUGCAACAGUGACUUUGUGGUCCGCGGCCUCAUCAAGAAAGUCUCCCAUGACUCUGAACGUCAGACGUCGCUGGUGGAGGUGUCAGCAGCAAGGGUGUACUGGCAGCGCAGUGGAGUGUUUGAGCAACAAGCAGCUGCCUCUGGGUCACCUCGGUCCGUCCCGUCUUGGCGUGGACACAUCCACACACUCCUGCAGUGCCACGUGAAGCCUGGGGAUGGAGAGUUUCUCUUCACAGGGUCAGAACACUUUGGGGAAGCUUGGUUAGGGUGUGCCCCACGAUACAAAGACUUCCUGUUUGUCUACCAGACUGCCUGGGCAGCACGGCGGAAUUCCUGUGACUUCCCUUUAGUCUGAGGAAGUGUGUUGUUUUAGCCCUACUACUGAAGCCGGCCAGUCUUUAUCCACAGGCAUCCACACCCCUGUACUGGCACUGUGGGAUCCCUGUGAUGUUGUCAUGUGACAGCAAGGUGGCAUCCAGCAUCAACAGCAUGGACGAAGCUAUUGAAUUGCUGGUAAAAUACACAUUUGGAGGAGCAGAGCAGAGGCAAACAGCAGGGCCUCCUGCCCUGAGGCCCAGAGAGGACCGGCCUUUGUCUCCCUCCCAUCACUGCCCUCAGUCCUGGGAGACCGAGAAGGGGUUGGGUUGCUGCUCUCUCUUUGUGCUUCUCCCUAUAUCAACCGUUGUUCACUUUGCUGGCUCUGUGUGACAAUUGCCCCCUUAACUGAGGUGGGAGGGAAGACUAAAGCACAGCCAUUCAUAAUCGGCAGUUUGUCAUAGUGAAUAGGCUUUUACAUAUAUGAUUGUGAAGUUAUUUUUAUACUGAUUCAUCUUAAGUUUCAAAUCCUCUUUGUUUUGUCUAUUGUACUCUUUGAAUUAAAUAUCUUUGCAUCUAAUUCAGGAUUAUUGUGUUUAUAAUGCAAAAUAAAUCCUCCACUGUAUAAGUAAUCAUAUUUGUUUG